GGAGAGACGCCGUCGAGCCGCUGGCACACGCUCGGUUCAGUGCGAGCACGGUUCCCGAGACGAAAGCACCGUUCCAACGAUUCGCGUGCCCCGCGACGCAGAUACACGUGAUGUCGAGCGACGCUCAAUGUAAAAAGACGCGGUGAACUUCAGCCCCGUUUCAGUGUUCUAUCUGUGAUGUGAUAACCCGUGAACCCGCCCACUUUCGCUCCCAUCGACGAGACUGUCACCAUGGAAGCUAAUCCAGCUUUGGGGAGUCUGCUGCUGUCCGUUUGGUUCGCAUCGAUAAACGUUCAAUCGGCGAUCAUGCCUCCGCCAUGGGCAGAUCCCUCGAGCAAUCCUUGCGCCGCCCAACCACGUGGCUGGCAAUUGUUAUUUUGGCCGCCGGAUGGAAAGUGUUACAAAAUAUUCCAGAUUGGACCACCAUGUCCAGAGACAAUGGAGUUGGGACCAGCUGCGGGUGGAGGUGGAACUGUAGCAGAGUGCAGAUGCCCUCCUGGGACUGCACAGUCUCCUAGAGAUGCGCUCUGUCAUUCAAUUUACACAAGAGCGUCCUGUCCAAAGGGACAGUUCUUUGCGCCAGUGCCAGAGACUACUGGAAAAUCUAGAUGGGGAGUCUGCCGUGAUCCAGAACCAUGUCCAGAAAGAGGAGAAGUGUAUUGGCCUAGGGACAACAAGUGUUACCCAAAAUUCACCAGAGGACCAUGCCCAAAAGGUGAAUUACUCACUACGGAUGAAGAUGGACUAACAGUGUGUUCCUGUUCAGCGACGGGUGAACUUGGAAGAUAUCAUUGGCCAGGAAGCAUAGGAGGCUGCCACGAGCAUUACACUAAAGGUCCAUGCACUGAACCUGGAGAAUUAUUUUUGCCAGGCGGUAUAUGUGGCUGCAACCAUGAACUACCUCAUUAUCAUAAAUCAACUGGAAUGUGCUACCAGUUAGGUGGUAUCGGUCCGUGUCUAAAAGGACAUCACUUUGUUAUAACAAGUCCAAUGAACGAUGAAGAAACUGUUCAAGCUCAAUGUGUGUGUAAACCAGAUCACGUGCUCUAUGAGGAUGGAUUCUGCUAUAGACUUUAUACAAGAGGACCUUGCGAAUAUGGUCAGAUGUUAAUAAAUUCGACAACUUGUGUGCAAGUGCCCUGUAAACGAGGACGACUGUAUUUUCAUGAAGAGAAAACGUGUUAUAAAGUGGGAACAAAAGGUCCGUGCCCAAGUGGGCAAAUCGUUUUGUACGAUUACAAUGCGCGUCCGUCCAUCGAUGGAAUUAGUUACAACGGAGUAUGUGGGUGCACUAAUGCACUCAGAGACUCUGAAAAGUGUUCAGAAGACAACACUAAUAGCUGCGAAUCUACACCAGGGAUGGUGAUAAUGAAUAAAACUUGUUACAAGUUGUACACACAGGGUCCGUGCACGGCAGGAGAAUGGUUGGUCGCGAGAAGGAUGCCAAAACCAACUUUGUGGAAGAAUGAAGAGCCCGAACCCAGAGCUAGAUGCGAAUGUAGACCCGGUUACAAAAGGAUUACAGAGAAUUCAGAAGUGUCUGAACUAGAAAGUAACAAUCUCCUUUCCCCGGGUGGCUGUCAACCACCUGCAGUCAGUUUAGCAAAGUUUCUCAAUGAUAAAGUGAAGUCAGUUAAUUUCUAAGUGAAAGAAGACUGUAUGCGCUCGCACGUGGGCCGGUGAUAUAAAAUCCAAACUGCGCAUCUGCUUGCGAAACAUGUAAAUAGCAAUGUACAAAUACUCCGCGUAAAAAACUUUUAAUAUUCUCGUGUAAGCGUCAUAAGAAUAUUCCUAUUUAUUUUAAUAUAGAUCUGAAUUCAGACAUUUCAAGUUCUGCUAUACUAAUUACUUCCUUUUCAAUUACAAUUUAAAUAAUUUAAAUAUUUAAGCGUACUCGAGCCACAGAUAUUAUGAAAUUCUAUUUAGUAUAGAAGAAUGAUUUUGUAAAUAUAUGUAAUUUAUACUCACAUUCUGAACCGUAAGAAAUUUAUUUUUAACAAACGGAUAAAAAGUACUUACUCGUUUUUAUGCUGUAAUUCUCGGAUCUGUUGAUCGCUUCCUAGUACCUGCUGAUCUUUCAACAUCAUUUCCCUCUCUAAGGCAGCUAUUCUUUCCGUUUUCUCGUCCAAUACCAUCUGCCAAAAAUUAUUGGAUUUUCUGAUUUUAGAUUCACUGUAAGUAUUACCAUAUUAGUUAAAUUUUAAUUUACUCACCAACAACUGAUCCUUUUCGUGAUCUAAGUGUGUCAUAUUUAUUUUUAAAUUGUUAAUUUCUUGUUGUAAAUCCUUCACCUGAUCUUCAAGCUGCUGUUGCUGCCGCUCCAUUGUUCUAUUGCGAUCCAAUGCCUUA